AUGCAACGGAACAGCACGUAUCGAUAUCAAGCUCUGCCACCGAUUGCGGAAGAGGGUCGCACACCGUCCUUCACCCGACUCCUCUUCCUGUACCCAGGCUCGGGAGAGGACCCCUUUGAAGCGCAUCUAGAAGUUGUCGACAUCGAGCAUGCGCCUCCCUACGAGGCUUUGUCUUACACGUGGGGAAACCCGACGGAACAGCCGAGAGACUACAUCUGGAUGCAAGGCUGUCCUAUGCUUAUCAAGCCAAAUCUAGAAGACGCUCUGCGCUCUCUACGCUUGCCGAACCAGGUGCGAAAGCUGUGGGUCGAUGCGCUCUGCAUCGAUCAGUCUGACCUGGACGAGCGUGCUCGGCAGGUCCAGUACAUGAGGCUGGUCUACAAGCACGCUGCCCGCGUUAUCGUAUGGCUCGGUCUCAAGACUUCCGGGACUCCUGAAGCGUUCCAGGCCGCAGAACGGCUCGCAAGAAUCAGAGAAUUCACUCAUCCGGCGGCUACUGGACCUAACGGCGGGCAAGUCGACCCCAGCACAGUCCAGGGCCUGAUGAGCAGCAUGCUUGAAGACCUACCGGAGACAUGCAUGAUCCACCUGGACGAAGUCUUUGAACGCCAGUACUUCUGCCGUUGCUGGUGCGUGCAGGAGGUGGUGGUAUCUUCAAGGGCGAUUGCCAAGAUUGAGGACCUGGAAAUGUCCUUUUUCGACUUGAUCGCCUCAUUGAUUGUGCUCGCGGGUUGGAAAAGCGAGAUCCUCAUCGACCGACCCUACCAGUUAUGGAAUUUGAUCCUCAUGCGACGGCAACCCAACAGUAUCCUCGGUCAGCCCGAGGUCGAGGGCUCGAUUGGCUCGUUUCUCGCACUUCUGGAGCUGACGCGAACGUUGCAAGCGACGGAUGAUCGUGACAAGGUGUUCUCCCUCCUUGGUAUCUGCGACGAGGGGCUGAACCCCGUGCUGGCGUUGACGCAGGUCUUGGACAAUAAUGACAGUUGGCGCAUUCGGUUAAUUCGUCGAGGCUUGACACGAGUCAACAGCUUCGUCAAUGGUCUUGCUCCGGAUCUCAACUUCGGUCGGCCGAGAGCUCUGCGUCCGGAUUACAAAAGGGAGACCGUGCUGGUGUAUUGCGAUCUUACGAGGUUCCUCUUGCGCAAACAGCCUCGGAUUCUGGACAUCCUUGACCACGUACAGCACAACGAGGACCCAGGCAUUGGUGACUAUCCGUCCUGGGUUCCAAAGUGGUUUGAUCCAAGGACAUGCAUCGUCUUCAAGGGAGCCUAUCUCGCUGGGUUUUGCGAUGGGCAUUUCCGUUAUUUUGCCGAGCUUCACGAUGUACCGGUCCGUAACGAUCCCGUGCGACCAAAGGUUCUUUCUCUGGAUGGAUAUCACGUUGAUGUGGUAUCGAAAACGAGUGAAACAGUUGCGUUUGGAUUUGGGGCUCGAGCUACUGCGGAAGCUAUCGUGCAGGCUUGGGAGCAGCUUUUCGACUCAUCGAUCGCCCCCAGAUGCGGGAAGAAGUAUCGCGAUAAUAUCCUACUGGACGUGGCAUUCUGUAAAGCCGUUUUGGCUGGUGCUCUGGGUUCCAUCAUUGGAUAUAGUCAUCUCCUUACUAGGAACCAAGGAGGAUUGAACCCGCUGUUCGACGAUCGAACCCAUAAACCUCACGCAGAGCUCGACCGAGAGGCUCAAGACUUGGCGGAGACGUUCCUCGCCCAGAUGGCCGAGUUCGGACUCCCGCCAACGACGAUGGAAUUCGGGAAUCCGAAUCGAGAGGACAAGCUGCAGGUCUUUGGAGCAGGGGCGCGUACCUACUUGAACAACCGAAAGGUGUUUGCGACCCGUGAUGGGCGUGUGGGCAUCGGACCCAAGAUGAUGCAGCCUGGAGACGAGGUCGUUGUUCUUUUCGGGGGCCGGAUGCCUUUCAUUGCACGGCAGAGAGGUGACCACCGACUGCUGAUUGGGAGCUGCUACUUGGUUGACGAAGAGCUGAUGUGGGGAAAGGUGACAGAGAAAGUGAGAUUUAAUCGUGGUGGUCCUCCGCGGGUGACAUUUGAGUUCCAUUAA